UGUAAGCUACAACAGCCCACCUCGAAAAUAUUAUCCAGCUGCUGUUAUUUCCCUUCCUCUUUCGUUGUAGUUUGGUCACCGGUGUCAUUUUCCGCGUCCUCGCUUUGCGCCGUAGUGCUAGGUGGGUGCUUUCUACGUCACCAGGGGGAAACUCAACGAAAACAAUGAUCCUUGGCCAGAAACCGUAUCUACGGAAUAGCAUUAGAGUAGAUUAGACCUCCUCUAUGCUAUAGCCUACCCCACUCAUGGCUCAGCGUCCGGCGACCGCCACAAUAGCCAGCUAGACAAGGGUAGGAAGAAAGGGGGUAAAUAGGGUUGCCAUCUCAAUCGCCUCCAGAUCACACGGGACUGGAUGUAGUUUAGUCUGUUGUUUUAUAUCGAAGUCCAGACUGCAACUUUCCCCAGGGUACCGUCCUGAUGGCUGGACACGAGUGGGAGUAUAAGGACUGGUUCGAACGGGAGGAAUUUAUCGGACAGAUCAGCGACAUCCGAGUGCAGAAUCUUCAAGUUGAAAGAGAGGUCGUUCAGAAGAGGACGUUCACACGAUGGAUGAAUCUGCAUUUAGAGAAGUGCACUCCCCCGAUGGAGGUAAACGACCUGUUCAGAGAUAUCCAGGAUGGAAGAAUACUCAUGGCCUUGCUGGAGGAACUGUCCGGAUGCAAGCUGCUUCAUGGAUGGAAACAGUCCUCACAUCGUAUCUUCAGACUGAACAACAUCGCAAAGGUCCUCACCUUCCUAGAGGAAAGAAAUGUGAAGCUGGUCAGUAUUGACGCUGCAGAUGUCGCCGAUGGCAACUCUUCCAUCGUUCUCGGACUCAUCUGGAAUAUUAUCCUGUUUUUCCAGAUCAAGGAGCUGACAGGGAACAUUAAGAGCCAGUUCCCCUCGUCCUCCAGCCUCUCCUCGCUCCCCACCAGCUCCGACUCUGACACCUCCCACUCCAGCACGCCCUCCGAUGAGAGGCCACGCUCCAUCGCCAUGAGGGAUCAUGGGAAAGCCAUCAAGACGCUCCUGCAGUGGGUCCAGAGACGCACCAGGAAGUAUGGUGUGGCGGUGCAGGACUUUGGGAAGAGCUGGACCAGUGGGCUGGCCUUCCUGGCCGUCAUUAAGUCUAUUGACCCCAGCCUGGUGGACAUGAGGAGAGCUCUGCUGAGGACAGCCAGGGAGAACCUAGAGGAUGCCUUCAGGACAGCCCACUACAGCCUGGGCAUACCCAGACUACUGGAACCAGAGGACGUGACCAUUAACCCUCCAGAUGAGCAGUCCAUCAUGACCUACGUGUCCCAGUUCCUGGAGCACUUCCCUGGGAUGGAAGAGCCCCAGGAGAAUGUAUCUGAUGUGAUACAGAGGAGUGUGUCGUCAGGUAGACUCAGCUGUCGUGUCAACGACUCCUCCCACGACCUGAGGAAUGGCGUUCACCGGAGUCGGGACCGAGAGAGGCCCUUUGUGGUCCGGAGAGACUUAGUCCAGCACCCGCCCAAAAUCUUAAUCUCCUCUGUCUCCGAGGAGCUCAAGUCCCCCACAUCACCGCCCGUGGUGGAGCGCUCCCCGGUCAACGAAGGCUCGUCGGUAGGGACCACCCCCAGCCCUGUCUUCACCGUCUCCACCUCCAGCUCUCCGCAGCCCUCGUUUGUCAACUCGGUCAUCGGCUCUGUGUCCUGUGACUCCCUGAUCAGUGACUCUGUGAUCGGUUCGCCAGACUCCUGUUGGGAGCGCCUGCCGAGCGAGGCAGUGACGCCAGAUAGGUCUGUGGGGAGCCGUAGCGAUGGGUCGCUAUGUGACAGCGGGGUAUCCUGGGACAUCCCUCCCUCCACACGCCAUGGGGUCACACCUGAUCUGGAGGAUCCGUUGCCGUCGGUUAUGGGGCCAAAGGCAGGAAAGCCUCAGGACGAGGAACAGGAAGUGAUGCCGGAGCUGUUAAUCGACGAGGGGAACUACUCUUUUAGCUCAGUGGAGAGCACACAGUACAGGGAUAAUACACAACUAGAAGAGGAUGGAGAGGGACGGAAGAAGAAAGAGAAGGAAGACGAGGAGGAGGCGUAUACUUACAUUCUGGAACUGGGUGAGGACAAGGCAGCCAAGCAGGAGCCUGAUCAAAGAGAAGGAAAGAACAUAACAGAGAGAACAGAAAGUGACUCAGAAGGAAUAGACACAACUACACGUCAGAGUAAUGGCGUCAACAAGGAGCAGGGGCGGCCAUCUUUAGAGUUCUCUGACAAGCCUCAGCAUACUGCCUCUGACCAGAACAGGGAGAGUGUGUGUGAGGGUGAGAGUGUGUGUGUGGGUGAGAGUGUGUGUGUGGGUGAGAUAGGUGGAGCUGUGUAUUCUCCUCAACACAAGGAUAUCAGCCGUUCACAGCAGGAGACCCCUGACCUGCAUGAAAAGCCAAAUCAGCAGGACGGUGUCCUGGAGAGGACAGACAGAGCAUCAGAAUGUGCCAAGAAGGAAACAGUGGAACCAUCUACAGAUUCCAGGAAGGCUGGAAACCCAGAGGAAGGGUUCGCUACGGAACGUUCUGAUAAAGCAGAGGGUCAAAGUGAUGUGACUGACAGAGGGGUGACGGAACACAGACCGACUACGUCACUGUCAGAGAGGGACAGAAAUGGGGAGCGGUCCCAGGAGGAGUCAGAGGAAAGGCACAAGCAGGUCACAGAAGAGUCAGAAACACAAAAGAAUAUGAAGGACGUUCUGAACGGCCAUAUAGAGUCGCAGGAGAACACUACGACGCAGGCGGAUGAGGUCACAGAGCAGUCACAACUGUAUAUGGAGAUGGACCAGAGUCAGACCAUCCAGGGGGGAUCCUCAGAACCAGAAGAGGAGAGCCAUACUGGGAAAAAGGACCCUGAAUCUCUGUCUUGCACAGACAAUCGGCAGAGCUCCACACUCCCAGCAGAGGACAGAGAGGAUAGGACCCAGAGCCCAGAGAGAGAGGCAGAGGUUGGGGAUGAAGACCCAGACCUGCGUGGGCCCCCUGAAGGUGGCUUGGUUGAAAAGCGUGAGACAGCCCCUUGUGGUGGAGAUGCUAAAGUGAAUGUUGUAGUUCCUGAGAAGAAGAGAGGGGCAGAAAAUGGCCAUGACAGGGUGGAUGCUACUGGGUCUGGGGCCACAGACAACAGAGAGACAGUAGUGGAGGUCCCCCAUCAGGGCACGCCAGUGUCCAUUAUCCCCUUGGACAUGGUGUACUACCCCCACUAUGAUGUCCCCAUCUCCCAUGUCACUGAGGCCUUCCCUGGACUGGUCCUCACUGGGCCGGUUCCUCGCUCUCCUCCCUCAGACACACACACCAAGAACCAGUCUUUAUCCCUACCGCCUGGUCAAGAGAGAGACAUAGAAAAGGAUGCAGAGGAUCAUACUGAGGGCAGUCAUAGUGAGACAGAGGCCUCUACUGUUGAAGAGACAGGGGACAAAAUGGCAGACACAGAAAAGAGUCAAACCAAGAGUGUCAAUGUGGCCUAUUCAGACAGUGAGAGGAGCAGUGCAAUGGAGAAGCCUGAAAGUGAACCAAUGGACUUGUUCCAAGCUGACAUGAGUGGGGCCCUUGAUCAGACAAUGACAUUGAGUGAGACUCUGGAGCCCAUGGACCUGUUCUACCCGGAUACAGAUGACUGUGGUCCUGUAGAGGAACCAGAGAAGGACGUGGAGACAUCGCCGUGGUCCUCUUCCUUCAGCAAGUCAGUAGAGACCUGGCCCUCAACCUUCAGUGUUGCAGCGCUACAACCAGCACCGUCCUCAGAACCAGAACCAGAGACACACACAGGCUCGCACACACAUAGCCAGACAGAGACACAUACAGAGACACACGCACACAGCAGUCCAGACUCACACAUGAAAAGCCAACUGGAUCAAGAAGAUCUCAGAGAGGCAACAAUGCAGAAGCAGGAUAAGGAGGUUGAAGUGAGAGGGGGCUCCAGGCUAUCGGGCCCACAGGAAUGGUGCUCCGUGCUGGGUGAGCAGACGGAGGGAGAUGGGGGUGUGGUGGAGACCCACCGUGGAGCUGCUGAGAGCAGUGAUCUCACCAGGACUGAUGAGGAGAAGCCUGCCUCUGCUGCCAGAGAAAACAAUGAGACCAUGAGGAGGGAAGGUGACAGUGAUGGAACCACAGAUGAACAGUGUUCUAUGUGUUCCACACCACUCCACCAGAGGAAGGUGGUUGGCUCUAAUGAGAAGGACAAUCAGAAGAAUGGAGCAGCCAGCCGAACUCACAGUACCAAGUCUGACACCAGCUGGAGGGAGAUGAGACUCUACUUCGUUGACAGAGUACUACAUUCUCCUACUGCUGUGGCUGCUCCUCUACUGCCUGUUGGUGUUGCCACAGAUCGACUACAGGAACCUGCCAAGCCUUCUGCUCAACCUGGGAAAAUGAAUACACACACAUACUGCGACACAUGUACAUACUGAUACACACAUCACAAACAUGUCACACACACACGACACAUACACACGCACACAACACUUUUUUUUUUAUUCCAGAAUAAUUUAUAAAGCUGUUUAGAUAUUCUGCUCAUUGUCUUGCAUUGAUGUGGCUUGCAUUGAUAUGCUUAAAAUUGUAAAGACAAACCUAUAACUUUGUAUGUUUUUCUGAGUUUAUUGAUGUACAAAGAAAGAAGCACUCUGAGGGCUAUUUAAUCCGUAGCGCUGAAGAGCUGCUUUAUAGCGCGAUUGACAGUUAAAGUCAAUGUUCCCGCGGUCGCGGAGACUGCAUUCACGGUAAAUGCUGCAUAUGUCGGUUCAAUCGGAAAUUACCUUUACAUUUUUACGCGGAUCUUCAGCGAUACUUUGGCGCUACGGAUUGAAUCCAGCCCUAAGAAUGUAGGAUUGUACGGUGCACAAUUAUAUAUUGUUUGUUGUUGUAGGUAUACAGUUCAGGAAGCUUUGCAGUUGCCCAUUUACAUAAAUGGCAAUUUGGUGAGUGGAAUAACAGGUAUGUUUCAGAAACAUCCCUGAUGUCCUUUUUGAUUUUACAUGGAAUUUGAUAAGAGAAAGUGUGGCCAAUGAGUUAUGCAGAAAUAUUUACACAUUUAAGAUGAUGCACAACCUCCAUUGAGCGAUUAACUUAUUAAGGUCCUGCAUUCUCUUGAAGGGACUUGUCUUACAAGCUCAGUGGAUUCUGCAGAGGCUUGGGAGUGUGUCAGUUGCACUUUUGAACCAGAGUAUGUGAACUGCCAAAGAUACAGUGUUUGGAAUGCUGGAUAGAAAAUACAAAACUAAUUCACCAUCAGCAAAUUAUGAAAUAUAAGUUUAACACAGUUGAAAUAGUUUUGAAGUGACAAUAUUGAUUUACUAAUAAUGUUGGUUUUAUUUUAAUAAUAUUUUAAGAAUGCUGGAGUAAAUGUCUAUGGAUCAGUUGAAAAUACAGUAUAUGAAUGGAUUUUUAAAGUGUGAUUAUUAAUUUCUUUAUUAAAUGCUAUGUUUGUAUGCCUGUGGGUUGUUUUUUAAACUGCUGUUAUUGAUUCAGCCGUGCUUGAACUUGUUAGAGCCCUUCAAUAAAAAGAGAAUGCUUUAUGAUUAAAUGUUUAUUUAUAAAAUACCAUUUUUUAACAACAUCUGUAAUUAAGUACAGUACUAUCAUCAUUUUAUGUUGUUGCAUUUUUUAUAAUUUUAAUCGGCUUAGUUUACAGCCACCUAAAUCUUCGAUAUAAUUCCCCUAACAACAAGCACAGAAUUCCUACACAUGGAUAAACCAAACUGGAUUUAUAAAGUGUGUGUAGUUAUGUGCAAAAGCCAUACUUUACAUGACUUCAUGUCCAGCAGCUGUCCAUAUGAAUUCUGUUUAAAUAGAUUGCCUAUACAGACACUGCAUAUGUUAAUGAGAUCUAUAUCUGCAUGAUUAUGCCCAAGGGACACAAUACAUACUGCCUAUCUAAUUGUGAAUGAAGUGACCUAGUACGGCCUCAGAGAGGUCAUCUUGCUUUUGUAUUGGAACCCAUUCUGUUCAAAAGCACCAGUCAAUUGCAACGGGUCGUUCCACGAAAAGUGUGCCUUUGGCUUCCCUUUGAUAUUUUAAGUAGAAAUUGUGCACCAAUAUUGCAUUUUAAAAGCCUGUUAUGUUAAAUGAAGUGCAGCAUUUUGGCAUGUCAUUCCAUGAGCCCUCUAACUUCUAGGGAAGAUUUUAACCCACUUAACCCCAACAUUUCUCCAAGUUUUCACCAUCAUUGUAAAGCCCUAGUUAUUUAGUUUCUUUGACCAAGUCCUUUCUGAAGAUGAUUAUUUAGUUCAUGUGAUUAGUAAUUCAUUUACGUCUGUCCCUCAUUUGAAGGUCAACCCUGUUACGUGAACUGAACUCUCAUUUUAAUAUGGUGAAACUAUUCAUAAGAAUAAAAUAAAAAUCUAAAGAAACAUUAAACACCUAAUAGUGAAAUCAUAGUGUAAAAGCAGAGGAGCUAGUUCUACUCUUUCUGGCCAGUUUCUGUUGUGUUGUGGUGGAAAAAUGAGCGGGUUGAGCAUGAAACGUCAACCCUGUUACCCAUAGAUAGGCAGGCUAGAAAUGUUUUAAGAAUUAAACAUGUUUUUGUGAUGCUUGCAUUCAAUUGUCACUCCCUGUAGCUUCUAUUCUCCCUGUCACAGGGAGAUGUAUCGUCAACCCUGUUACUUUAUUUGGCACUUAAUAGGCACUUACUAUAGUCGUUUUUUUUAUUCAACCUCUUGAGAUAGGAACACUUUUUUUAUGAAGCUCUUUAUGACAAGAAUGUUCAAAUGAGGUGAAAUCUAAAGUUACUUUUUGAGGAACUUACACUUCUCAAAUGGCACUGAAUUGGUGGAAUGACCCAAUAAAUUACAUGUUUUGCC